CGUCCUCCCAGUCAGCCAGGCAGUGUGGUUUACUUACAAGACACUGAGCCAGAAACACAGCCGUGCUUUAUCGUCACAUGAGCAGCCGAGAGAUUGAAGAUGGCGACCAGUUCGGAGCGCAGUCCUCCUCCGUUCCCCGACUCGGAGGACCAAGAUGUUCUGGACGCUGAAGACGUCGGAGGAGGCCGAGACAGUGAUGAAGACGACGGGGACGACCUCUUCAUGAGCGCGACCAACGCUCCACUGACCGAAAUGGAUCCCACACUACCAUCUGCUACUCAGCCCAGUGAUGUUUUAAUGAAUCCUCCCAGCGAUAUCAUGAAUGACCCAUUAAUUGAACCCAUCAGCAGCCAAACAGAAACCAAACCAGCCAGUGAAGUUGUCAGCGAGCUCUCGGAUGAUUUUGUCGACCUAACAAACAACCUGAUGACUCCUGAUGACACAAUUGUAGCUGUAAGUGCUGCUGCAGAUGCAGCAAAAGACUCAACUGAAAUCCCUCUAGAUGAACCCUCAGAUGAAUUUGUUGACAUAUUGGGAAGUGAAACUGAAGCGCUGCGAGAGGAAGUAGUGUCUGCAGAUGUUACUGUCGGAGUAGAAACAGAUAAAAGUGAAGUGACAAGCAGUGUCACAGAUCCCCCUGGUGACGCUCAACAGGAAGUAAAAGAAACUUUCACUGCUCCGAUUAUCGACAUCAGCAGCGAUUUGUCUGAAAACCUUUUACAACAACCACCUGGCAGUGACAAAAUUCUUGACCCUUUCGUUGACCUUCUUAGUGAUCCUCCACCCGCUGAGGCCAAAAAGCCCAGCACCAGGUCAGACCUGUUUGAAGAUGACGGAAGCGACUUGUUUGCAGAACCACUGCAGACUACAUCUGCCAAGCAACCACAGAAAAGCCUCUUCGGUGAACCUGACGAGGAUCUGUUCAGUGAGCCGCUGGGUGCCACCACAAAGAAAACCAUCAGUAAAGAGCAGACAGACAAAUCUGUCACAACCGAGGCUGCUGUUAGCGCUGGUAGCAGCAUAAGUGGGCCUCUGCAAGAGAGUAACCAGGCAGAGCCUGCUGAUAUCUUCACUGAGGAAGCCAUCGUCACGGCACCCAGCAGUGUCAACUCCAAGGCUAAUGGAGUCCACUCUGAAGAAGACACGGAUAUAUUUGCAGAAGCCACAGUGGAGCUUUCUCUCGACAGUCCGCGGAAUGAGAGAAAGAAGGAUGCGGCUGCCAAACCGUCUGCAUCCGCUCCCUCUCUGUCAGCAGCUGCCAGCCUGGUCAAGCCUCAGGCUGCUGCCCUGGACGAGUUGGAAGAAGAGGAAGAAGAAGAGCAGGAAGACAAAUUUGAUAUCUUUGUCUCUGUCACUAACCCUGAAAAAAUAGGGGACGGGAUGAACGCCUACAUGGCCUACAAAGUAGCCACACAGACCUCACUGCCCAUGUUUCGCAACAAGACCUUCACAGUGAAGCGACGUUUCAGUGACUUCCUCGGCCUCUAUGAGAAACUUUCUGAAAAACAUGGCCCAAACGGAUUCAUCGUGCCUCCGCCACCAGAGAAGAGCAUCCUGGGUAUGACAAAAGUGAAGGUGGGAAAGGAAGAUUCCUCUUCUACAGACUUUGUUGAGCGAAGAAGAGGUGCUUUGGAGAGGUAUCUCCAGAGGGUGGUGACUCACCCAUCACUUCUUCAAGAUCCUGAUGUCAGAGAGUUCCUGGAGAGAGACGAAUUGCCUAGAGCAGUGAGCACCCAGGCUCUGAGUGGCGCCGGCUUCCUGAAAAUGAUCAACAAAGCAACAGAUGCUGUCAGUAAAAUGACCAUCAAGAUGAAUGAAUCAGACGUGUGGUUUGAGGAGAAGCUGCAGGAGGUGGAGUCUGCAGACCAGCAGUUCAGGAAGCUCCACGCGCUGGUCGAAUCCCUGGUCGUCCACAGAAAAGAGCUGUCGUUGAACACAGCGAGCUUUGCCAAAAGCACGGCCAUGCUGGGCAGCGCAGAGGACAACACCGCUCUGUCCCGCGCCCUCUCCCAGCUGGCAGAGGUAGAGGACAAGAUGGAGCAGUUACACCAGGACCAGGCAGCAAACGACACCUUCCGCUUCGCUGAACUCAUCGCGGAUUUUAUACGCUUGCUCGGCGCCGUGAGGGGGUCGUUUGAUCACCGGAUGAAGGCGUGGCAGCGUUGGCAGGAUGCGCAGGCCAUGUUGCAGAAGAAGAGGGAGGUUGAGGCCAAACUGCUGUGGGCCAACAAGCCAGAUAAACUGCAGCUGGCCAAAGAGGAGAUCGCCGAGUGGGAGGCCAAGGUGACACAGUACGAGAGAGACUUUGAAAGAGUUUCUGCCACCGUGCGCAAGGAAGUCGUCCGCUUUGAGAAAGAAAAAGCUAAGAAUUUCAAAAGGCAGAUCAUCCAGUACCUGGAGUCUCAGCUUCAGUCGCAGCAACAGCUGAUAAAGUACUGGGAGGCUUUCUUACCAGAAGCAAAAGCAAUCGCCUAAUCCUCGAGCACCAGCCUUCUGGACGACAAAACAGGCUGCCUUUUUCUUAUACACUUUACCUCUUGCCUUUAAACCAAGGAAAAAUGCGUGCAUUGUAAAGGGAGAUACAAUCAACCUGUUUUUUUAAUCACCUUUAACAUAUAGCUCUGUAUUCUAUUGUAUUAAUAAUUGUAUAUUUUCAUUUAACCUUCCACAAAUAUUUUCUUAAUAGAUGAAAAGAGUUUGCAUAUACAAAGAUAUGGACACACGAAAAAGCGUAAAGUGUAGAUGAAUGAUUUCCAUUAAUUUCCACUAGAGAAGGGAAAGGAAACGAGUCCGUUGUUCUCAGGAUUUUCUCCGACAUGUGAUCAGGAGCUCCUUCACAUCAGCAGUGGUUAAUUGUUUACAGUGCGGCUGCUCUCUCAUCAUAUAUUUCUGGGGACCCAGAUGAAGAAAGUGGCCAACACUCUCACUCUGUUUCUUCUUUUUAAUGACUCAAAGGGAUAAAACAGUUAAAGUAAGAAUUACGAGCACUUCCACCAGGUGGAUUAAGUACUUAAGUACCAGCCAUGUUUUGUUGUUUUUUGUUUUUUUUUUUCUUUCAGAUUUAAAGUACUAUUGAUGCUGAGGGGUUGGGGGGGUUGCAGGGUUAAGAGAGGCAUUAGAUUAGCAGUCUACAGCUGUGGUCAAGGGUUGCAUUGUAGGUCAAGCUUGUGGGUUUAAUGUUUUAGGUAUGAUUUCAAUCAUUGUGCAAACUUAACUCUUGUAACUACACAUGUCUGUGCCUUUUGAAUCCGAGUAGUGUUUUAUCUUCGGGCAGCAAAUAUAAUCCAGUUUGGGAGAAAGUUGUACACAGUUGAGGCUUGUUAACAGUUACUUCCACAGCAGCCAUAAUGACGAGAGUGUUAGGCUUGAGUUUAAGAACCAUACAGGUGUUUUCACAUCAUUUUGCCUUUUACUACAAA